AUGGGCCAUGAGAAGGAUCACGACGCUUUGAAGAGCACCCAGGUUCUUUCGUUCUGGAUCUCCUUUACCGUCGUCUGCAUACUGUGCGUCCUCCUCCUCGUUCAACGUAUCAGACGACGACAUCUGGGCAGAUACGCACCGCUAGAGAGGCAAAUGGAUCCGCGACGCUUUUCUUUUGGCGAAAAAGAAAGGCGUGGUGGCGACGAGGAACUAGCUGGCCUAGUGGGCCACGGAGUGCCCUACUAUCCAGCAGACCCGUCGACCUACGGUGUCGCCGGACUCCCUUCAGCCUGUGAUAUUCUGCUGCCCCUGUCCCGUUCGACACAUCUACCCUCGAGUGGUUAUCUUGCUGCUGUUCUAGGCCGGGAACGGAGUGUCAGCACCGCGCAAUCAUAUCAGCAGAUUCAGGCUCCUUACGCUGUUGCCCCAUCCGAGCUGAGCCCCAGCUCGGGAGAUAGUCGGUCAUCCACCGCUGGGCGCAGCAACAGGCUUUUGCGAUCUGGAUCUCUUGGAUCUUGCAUUGAGACCGCCGAUCGACCGGUUGGGUCACAGACGCUCGACGUGCAAGAAUUUUCCGGGAUGGCGGCCCCAGAACGGACAUGUUCUGUCCUGAAGCGCAACCAGGUUGUCCAUCACCUCUACGACGUGGAUGAAGGAGGCGUUCGCACGUAUAAACGGACCAUGCUCCAGUACAACUAA